ACAAGUCGUCGAGAAGCCUGUUGAACAAAAGCCGAUUGAAGAAAAGCCCGUGGAAGAAAAGGUGGUUGAAGAGAAACCUGAACAAGUCGUCGAGAAGCCUAUUGAAGAGAAGCCUGUUGAACAGAAGCCAGUUGAAGAAAAGCCAGUGGAAGAAAAGGGGGUUGAAGAAAAGGUGGUUGAACAAAAGCCUGUCAAAGAAAAGGUGGUUGAAGAAAAGCCUGUCGAAGAAAAGCCAGUAGAAGAAAAGGUGGUUGAAGAAAAGCCUGUCAAAGAAAAGGUGGUUGAAGAAAAGCCAGUAGAAGAAAAGGUGGUUGAAGAAAAGCCUGUUGAAGAAAAGUCAGUUGAACAAAAGCCAGUGGAAGAAAAGGUGAUUGAAGAAAAGCCGGUUGAACAGAAGCCAGUGGAAGAAAAGCCUGUUGAACAGAAGCCUGUUGAAGAAAAGGUGGUUGAAGAGAAACCUGAAGUCGUCGAAAAGCUGGUUGAAGAAAAGCCGGUUGAACAGAAGCCGGUUGAUGAAAAGCCAGUAGAAGAAAAGGUGAUUGAAGAAAAGCCUGUUGAACAAAAGCCCGUUGAAGAAAAGGUGGUUGAAGAGAAACCGGUUCAAGAGAAGGUGGUGGAUGAGAAACCGGAACAAGUGGUCGAUACCGCACCAACUGAAAAUAAGGAGGAUGAAAAGAAAAGUGAAACUGUUGAACAACCUGAAGCACAGCCAUCAGUUGAAAUCAGCAAACAAGAGGAGAAAUUUAUUGAACCACAGAUACCUGCUGAAGAAGCUCAAAGAGUUGAAGAACCCAUUGUACAAGCAGCGGAAAAGGAAGAAGAGCAAAAAAUUGAAGAUGUGCAACCCAAAGUAGAGGAUCAACCAGUAUUUGAACAGAAAACUGAGGAAAAGCAAACUGAACCAUUACAGGAAACUCCAACACAAAUAGUCGAAGAAGUUUCAGAUGCUGUUCAACCUUUAACCACGAUGACAGUGACCGAAGGAGAUACUGUAACUUUACGUAUACCUGAUACUAAGAAUGUGGAAUCAAAUGAAAUCCGUGUUCGUGUAGAUGACCAACUCUUACCCACUGACCAUCAUCGAAUAACAAUCGAAAAGGAUGGCACAACCGACAAUUAUGUUGUUAUAAGUGAUAUUGAUAUGAAUGAUGCUGGUCGCUAUUUUGCCGAAAUUAAUGGUAAGUUAAAACCAUUGUCCAUGAUCGAAGUUCUCCCUGCCGAGAAACCAAUAAUAGAAGAACUAUCAUCCGAAAUUACAAUGGAGGAAACAAAACAAACUGAAGAUGAAAUCAUUCUUUCGGAUGAGAAGCAAGAUGAUGAAGACAAGUCGAAACCAUCUGACACUGAAUUACCUGUGCACGAAGUUGUAGAGGGUGAUACUGUUAACUUGACUAUCGAACGGCCUAAAUCAUCUCAGAUCACAUUAUUUAAAGAUGAAACAAAGAUCGAGCCAAGUACUAGACUUAGUCUGCAAUCUAUCUCACCGACAUCAACAGAAAUUACAAUCAAAAAAGUUAUCCCAGGUGAUGAAGGUGUCUACGCUGUUUCAUUCGACAAAUCUGAUAAAAAAGAAAAGUUGAUGUUGCUCAAAGUCUUACCAAAGCCAGUUAUUUACGAUGUUCUAUCCUUGCCAAAAGAAACCUUCAACGAGGGUGAAGUUUUGCAGAUCGAAUGCAUCUUCGAUCAAGAUCAAGACGAAGAUUUUGUUUGGUUGCAAAAUGGCGAAGAGAUCAAACCAGACGACAAUAAACGAAUUGAGAAAAAUGGAUCCACAUACACGCUAAUCAUAAAAGAUCUUAAACCAGAUUUGAACGAAGGUGUUUACACAUUAAAAAGUCCGCAUCUUGUUUUAGAAACUCCAUUCGUCCACGUUAUAGCCAAAAAACCAGAAGAACAGUCAAUACCGGAGCAAAUGGAGGAGCUAAACCUCGAAGUUGAAGCACAAAAAGAGGGAGACUCAACCGAAACCGCAUCACAAGAACUUCAAGAAAAUACAGAUGAAUUAUCUGCAGAAAUUGCAAAACAGUCCGACGAAGAAAUUAAAGAACAGCCAAAUGACACGUUACAAGACCAACAGCCAGUUGAGGCAAAAGAAGAAGAAAAACUCCGUCCUCAACCGACCUUUGUUCAACCUUUAAAAGCGAACAAAACCAAUUUACUUGAAGGAGAGCAGCUAGUGUUUGAUUGUGAGCUAGAUCAAAAACCGUCUAAAGUUCAACUAAUGAAGAAUGGCGAAGUAGUCGACGAACAACGAAUAAAAGACGAUACUAAAGAUAAGAAAAUUCGCUUUACAUUAGAUAAUCUCAAAUUGGACGAAUCUGGCGAUUACACAGUGAUUGUCAACGAUGAUUUAGAGAGUGAACCAGUCUCAAUCGUGGUCAAUGCAGACAUCCCGAAGUUUGUUAAAAAUCUGAAAGUGAAUAAAACUCAGUUAGAAGCGUCAGAAACCAUCAUCUUCGAAUGUGAACUGAACAAACCAUAUGAUGAAAUAGUGUGGUUGAAAGAUGGUGAACCUAUUGAGGCUAACGAAAAUGUGCAAAUCACGCAAGAUAAAACUAAAUUGAAACUAACUAUCAAGAAUGCAAAACCUCAAGAAGAUACCGGCACUUAUAGUGUUCGUGUAAAAGAUGUCGAAAGUGACAAAAUCCCCGUGACUGUCAACAAAAAGCAGCUCAAGUUUAUUAAACCUUUAAAAGCAAACAAAACCAGUUUACUUGAAGGAGAACAGCUAGUGUUUGAUUGCGAGCUAGAUCAAAAACCGUCUAAAGUUCAACUAAUGAAGAAUGGCGAAGUAGUCGACGAACAACGAAUAAAAGACGAUACUAAAGACAAGAAAAUUCGCUUUACAUUAGACAAUGUGAAAUUGGACGAAUCUNAAUGUGAAAUUGGACGAAUCUGGCGAUUACACAACAUCCCGAAGUUUGUUAAAAAUCUGAAAGUGAAUAAAAAUCAGUUAGAAGCGUCAGAAACCAUCAUCUUCGAAUGUGAACUGAACAAACCAUAUGAUGAAAUAGUGUGGUUGAAAGAUGGUGAACCUAUUGAGGCUAACGAAAAUGUGCAAAUCACGCAAGACAAAGCUAAAUUGAAACUAACUAUCAAGAAUGCAAAACCUCAAGAAGACACUGGUACUUAUAGUGUUCGUGUAAAAGAUGUUGAAAGUGACAAAAUAUCCGUGACUGUGUCUAUAAAACCACUGAAAUUUGUUAAACAGUUAAAAGCCAACAAGACGAAUUUGGUUGAAAAUGAAACAGUUGAGUUUACAUGUGAGCUUAGUCGACCACUUUCAGAUAGCGAAAGCUUAAGUUUAUUACUGAAUGGUCAACCGUUAUCAAUCGAGGAGGAUAACAAUGAGUUACUUAUAGAUGGAACGAAAGUAUUAUUUCGGAUAUCGGAGCUUCAGCCGGUAAUGUCCGGUGAUUAUCAAUUAGUGAUAACAGGCGACGACGAUCGUGAACCAGUGAAAAGCGAUGUGGUUAAACUUGCAGUUAAACCUGAGCAGGUGAAAUUUACCACACCAUUGAGAGCAUUAAAGAAUCCGUUGGAAGAAAACGAAACAUUGGUACUCGAAUGUGAACUGGACAAGCCAACGUACAAGAAUGUCAUAUUUAAGCACAAAGAUGUUCCAGUAUCAAUUGAUAAUGAUCGUAUCAAAAUCAAACAAGAUGGACAAAAAUGGCAGUUGUAUGUCGACAAUGUAAAGUACGAUGAAGAUAGUGGAAACUAUACAGUUGUUGUCAACAAUAAUACAUCGUCACCCAGCGUACAAGUUGUUGUAUUAAAACCAUUCGAAUUUAUUCAACAAUUAACUGUAUCCAACAAUGAACCGAUUGUUGAUGAUACAUUGGUCUUUGAAUGUGAAGUAUCGAGACCAAUAGUGGACAAUAAAGAUAUUGUCUUUUUAUUAAAUGACAAUCCAUUAUCUUCAGAGCAAUCUAAACGAUUAAAAAUUGAACGUCAAAACGAUAAUAAAAAGUUGGUAUUAACAUUAAAAAAUAUCAAAUUAAAUGUUGAUCAAGGUGAUUAUGCCAUAAAAAUAAAUCCAUUUCAACUACAAUCCGAAUCCGUUCAUGUUAAUGUUAAUCCAAAAUCAAUUGAAGUUAUACAACCAUUAAAGCAAGAAAAAGACGUUUUUGAAAAUGACACAUUGAUUCUAACGACAAUAUUAAAAAAUGUGGACACUAAACCGACAAUUGUUUGGUUAAGAAAUGGUGAACCGAUUCCUAAUGGUCCCACGAGUAAACGUGUCAAAUCUAUUCCAUCCAGCGACGGGCAACAAUUCAAGUUAACAAUCGAUAAAAUUCAACUGGAUGAAAGUGGAAUAUACGCCUUAAAAAUAAAUGAUCAAGUAAUAACGGAUUGUGAAGUGACAGUCAAACAACAUCCAUUGAAAGUUGUACAACCACUAAAAAUUAUCGGAAAACAACUUGUCAACGAAAAAAUUGAACUGGUUUGUGAAAUUAAUCGAUCAAAUGUGCCAUGUGUCUGGUUAAAAGAUAAUGAACCUCUUGAAGACCAACCAGAGCCAUCUAUCGAUGGAAAAUAUCGUUUAAAACUUGAUCAAUUAAAAAUUGAUGAUUCAGGCGAGUACACAAUAAGAUUCAACGAUGGCGAAUUAGAACAGAAGGUCAAUGUUAAAAUUGAAUAUCCGCCAUAUGAAUUUAUACAGCAAUUAAAAUGUAUUCCAUCCGAUGAAGUUGAAGAAAAUGAAGAAAACUUAUUGAUGCAAUGUGUUCUCAAUCGGCCAUUGGAUGAUACUGUCAAAAUUGAACUGUUCAAAAAUAACAAACCAGUACCAGUUGAUAAUGAACAUAUCUCUAUCGAGAAAGAUGGUCCAUCAAUAACUGUACGUUUUCAACAGGUUAAACUCGAUGACGCAGGAACAUAUAAGGUAACUGUUGACAAAACAAAAGAGACGACGACACGUUUGAAAGUCAAAGAACUGCAAUUGAAAAUAGUUGAACAAUUACAUCUUGUCGAUAAUGACUCAAAUGAAAUUGGUGAAACCAAUCCAUUCGAAAUGUCUAUAAAAUACAACAAACCGGUAAAAAGUGUUGUAUUAAAUAAAGACGGUAAACGUGUGCCAACUACAACCGAUAAACAUGUUCAAAUCUCAUACGAAGAUGAUAAUACAACAGUACGGAUCCAAUUUGAUAAAGCUGUGGUUGAUGAUAAAGGAAAAUAUGAAACGGUGGUCAGAGAUUCAACAAUUUCAGAUAAAGAUGGUCUAAAAAGUUCAUCGUUAACCAUCACUGUUAAGCCGUUACCUAUUUUAUUCACAUCAGAUAUCAAUGUUUCAUCGCCGAAUAAAGACAACAUACCGGAAAAGAGUGACGUAAUUCUAACAACAACAAUAAAUCAACCAAAUGGAAAAGUGAAGUGGUUCCUGAACGACAAAGAAAUAAAAGAAGAUCAACAACAUAAAAUAACGGUCAAUGGACAACAACGCCAAUUAACUUUAAAAGCAACAAUCAUAGGAGAUUCUGGUAUUUAUAGCGCAAGAACAGAUGAUGAUGAAAGAACAGUGGAACUUACUAUUAAAGAACAACCUAAACCCAAAAUUCCGCGUGUGAUCGAUGGUCCAAAAUCAUUAAAACUUACUGAAGAAGAACCAUUAAAAAUUCAACUUACAGUAGUGGAUGCACCUGAUGAUUUGAAUGAAUUAUCUUGGUCCCUCAAUGGUAAACCGAUUUCUAUUGACGGUAUAGAUACAACUGAUACGCCGUAUGAUUCUUCGUCGGAAAUUGGUCCACGUCGUUACAUCUAUCAAGAAGAAUCCGAUGAACCUGGUCGAUUUAUUUUCACUUUAGAAAUACCAUCUUGUUCGAGUAAAUUAGAUGCUGGCAAUUAUACAUUUCACUGGAAAAAUGAUACGAAAACACCAUUAGCUUCCAUUAAAGUUGAUAUUGUUCUUGCUCCGUUGAAAUUCACUAUUCCAUUAGAGCCCGUAUAUUAUGUAAAAGAGGAUGCAACAGAACCACUUGUUAUCAGAUGCGAAAUCAAUCGUGAUCAGAUGAAAGCUGUAUGGACAAAAGGAACAACAACAUUAAAAUCAAAUGUAAAAGAUGGACCAGUUUUAGAACAAAAUAACAGAGAAUUCAUUCUGAAAUAUCCUCAGCCUAAAAAGUCGGACGCCGGUACAUAUACCAUAAAAAUUGAAAAUUUAGUUGGUGAAACAAAAAUAGAAUAUGUUGAACAAGAAAUAACGUUUACUAAACCAUUAACACCAGAUAAUGUGACUAUCACCGAAGGGACUGAGAAACAAAUCGAUUUUUUUUGUGAAACAUCAAAACCUGUACCAGUCGUAUGGUUUCAUGAUGAUCAAGAUUUAACAAAACUUACUCCACAACAGAAAAAACAUUAUCAAAUAGAUGAUACAAAUUCUGUUCAUAAAUUGAGAAUAUUACAGCCUGUGUGUGCUGACUCUGGUUUAUAUCGUUGUGUAAUAAAAUCAAAUAAUAAUGAAACAAAUUCUCAAUGUACAAUUGAACCAGUUGGAAUCGAUUUUGUACAACCAUUAGCAACACCAGUUAUAGCUGAUUAUAACAAGACAACCGUUUUAGAAUGCGAAUUAACAAAAAGACCUCAAAAAGUGGUGUGGACAAAGAAUGGAGAACCUAUUGAGGACUCAGACAAGUAUGAGAUAAUGAAUAAUGGAAAAUUACAAGGUUUGGUGAUAAAUGACUGUGAUGAUGAUGACACUGCCAAGUAUACCAUAACAGUGGACGAUAAAAAAUCAUGUUCAGCUGACGUAACUGUUGAACAUGAACCAGAAAAAGUCAAAUCACCUUCACCAGUCGUAGAGAAAAGCCCUACUGAACCAGAAAGUAUUCAGGAAAAUCCGGAAGACGAGAGCGAAGUUGAGUCUAUAGUACCCGAAAUCACAUCACCAUUUAACAAGUCUGUAUUUCGUCGACCGUUACAAAAAGCAUUGAGUGUACAUGAGGGAAAUGAUUUUAUACUUGAAUGUGAAGUUAACGAUGAAAGUCAACCGACUGAUUGGUUUUUGGAUGAUGAGAAAAUCAUGCCCGAUAACGAACAUUUUGAAAUUAUUGAGAAUGGUCCAAUAAGAAAAUUGAAAGUUCAUCAAGCUGAGCUAAACGAUUCUGGACGAUACACGUGUGUAGAUCGUCAAACAGAAGAAAAAACCAGUACGGAUGUGGAUGUAAUUGAGGCACCAAUAAAAAUUAUCAAACCAUUACCUGAAACGCUUACAAUCACUCAAGUUGAAUUAUCUCAUCCAAACGUUCAAGGUUGCCGUUUUGUUCGCUAUGAUAAUAAAGACGAACAGCAAGUAUUGAGAAAAGAUAAACGCACAAAAUUAUCGUGUGAAGGGGUCAAAUUUACCGUAGUAUUAGAUUCAUUACUUCCAAAUGAUGCCGGUGUCUAUGAAUUUCUUGGUCCAAAUAAUUUACAAUCAAAAUGUCAAGUGAUUGUUAAAGCUCAUCCAUCAAAAAUUACACAACCAUUGAAAGAUCUUACACUACAAGAAAAUCAAAAUUUAACCUUAGAAGCACGUGUUGAUAACGAACAUGCACCCAUCUCAUGGUUUUUCAACGGUCAAGAAUUGAAGUCUGAUCAACAUACGACAAUAUUAUCAAAAGGACGCCGACAUACGUUAGUUGUACAAAAGGUAAAUAUGCAAGAUGCGGGUCAAUAUGAAAUACGUACACCUGAUGAUAAAAGUGCAUGUCAAGUAACAGUUGAACCAUUAGAUGGUGUUGAAUUUUCCAAACAAUUAACCAUCAGACCUAAUGAGGAUAUCAGCGAAAUGCAAACAGUUGAACUUGUUUGUGAGACUAAUAAAGAUAAUGUUCUUGUGGAAUGGAGCAAAAAUGGAAAACCUUGUGAUGAUCAACGAUUAAAAAUACAAGUAGAAGGGCGAGUACAUUCAAUUACAAUCGACGAAUCAAAUUUGAAAGAUCAAGGAGUGUAUACAUGUAAAAUCAAAUCUAAUAAUAAAGCUACAACAGCAACAUUAAAAAUUAAAGAAAUUCCGGUUGAUUUUACUCAAAAAAUGGAACCGAUUGACGCUAUCAAAGGUGACACUGUUACAUUUGAAUGUCAAUUAAACAAACCUAAUAUGAGUGUAAAAUGGUUAAAAGAGAAUAAACCUCUCACAAUGGUACCGGGCCGUUUUGAAGCAACCACUGAUACGGAUGAUGAUCGAAAUCAUUUAUUAACAAUUCAUAAUACGGAUAUGAAAGAUGAAGGAAUGUACACGUGUGUUAUCGAUAAUACAACACCUAGCAAAAAAUGUUCAGCAUCAUUGACUGUAAAAAGUGUUACAUUGGAAUUAGCUGAACCAUUGAAAGAUAUUACCAUAAAUGAAACAGAUGAUCUUGUUUUAAAAUUUUCAGUAUCACAUGAUGUUAAACAAAUAGCAAAUUGGAAAUUAGAUGGACGUCCCAUAAAACCUGAUGAGCGUGUUCAAAUUGAACAAGAUGGUAAGAUGCAUUUUCUUACAAUUAAAAAUAUUCAAUUAAAUGAAAAAGGAAAGUAUACAGCUCAAUUAGCCAAUAUUGAAACAUCAUGCAAAGUCACUGUUAAAAAUAUACCAAUUAAAGUAGUAAAAGAUUUAUACAUUGUUGAUGAUGAGCAACCGAUUGAAAAUCAAUCUGUCACAUUAGAAAUUCAAUUAAAUAAACCAUUAGAAUCAGAGAUAAUCUUAUUAAAAGAUGGAAUAAAUGUAUUGAAACCAAAAAAUAAAAUACCAGCACGCGUUCAAGCAACACACAUUGGUAAUGGAACGUAUCAAUUUAAAAUCGAUAAUUUACAACCCAAUGAUAGUGGAUUAUAUGAAGUACCAGUCACGCCGAAUUUGAAAAGCUCGUUAACAUUACAAGUUCAUCCAAAACAAGAGGAGGAACAGAAACCUGAAAGUAAAAUUGAAGAACCUACACCUGUCAAAGAAGUGGAACCUGUAACAAGUGAACCUGAGGUUGAGGAACCCUCAUUAGAAGAAGAGCAAACCAAAGAAGAUGUGAAACCUCAAGAAACUCAAGAUUAUGAUUUUACAAUUCCGUUAAAAGGCAUAAUUUCCCUGAAUGAUAAUGAACCUCUUCAUUUGGAAUGUACUUUAAAUUGUCCAGUAGAAGAAUUGACCGCUAAAACACCCGAAGCUAUUGUCUGGUUAAGAAAUGGUAAACCAUUGACAUCCGAUCGUGUUAAAACAAAUGCUAAUGGUAAUAAUUUGACAUUAGAUAUCGAUAAUGUUAAAAUGAAUGAAGAUGAUGGAAAAUACACAUUGAGAUUACCAAAUGGAAAACAAUGCUCGGUACAAGUAGAGAUUAAACCACUGAAAACUAAAAAAUUGGAUACAAAAAGUGAAAUUAGUAUACCUCUUCAUAUUUUAUUAGAAAAAGAUAGAAAUGAACCGUGGGAUGAAAAUAUAGUCAGUAAUGGGCCGACGAAUCUUGGAGAAAGUAUUGUGUUACGUUGUAGAACAUCCAAGCCGGUUAAACUAGUUGAAUGGUAUAAAGGAGCCAGAAAGGUAACAUCUCGUCGAGCUGUUCCGAAAAGUACAGAAAAUUCAACCGUUCACGAAUUGCUUUUAUCAAAAAUUGAAGCGGACGAUUUAGGACAGUACCGCAUCUUGCUCGAUAAUGACCUUGAAGAUAAAAUCGAUGUAAUUGUUCCACAAAAACUUGGUCCCAUAACACUUGAGGGUGACGCUAUUGAAAAUGGUACGGUGACUCUUGUAUGCGAUGUCUCAUUACCACCAAAAACAAUACGCUGGUUAAAAGCUCAAGAAUCAAUUGAUAGCGAUAGACGUUUUGAGCCACGUGAAAAUGAGAAAAAAUUAACGUUGAAGAUCAAACAGUUGAAACUAGACGAUUCACAAACCUACACACUUGAAGUUGACGGUGUUACGGCAGAUUAUCAGUUGAAUGUUAAAGAAUUGCCAUUGAAAUUUGUUGGGGAAAUGGAAAUUAAUCCAAAAUUACCAAAAGAAGAUGAAAAUGUUACGUGUACCGUUCAACUCAAUAAACCUACUACUCAACCACUGCUGUGGUAUUUGAAUGGUCAACUAAUUCCGACCGAUGUUGAUGGUGAUGCACGCUUUACCUUGAAAUCUGAUGGUCCCAAAUCUAUUUUAGUUAUUAAAAAUAUUCGUCCGGAGGAUGCUGGUCGUAUCGAAUGUCGAUUACCGGCAAAUGAAAAUGAAAAAGUGUCAGCUGAAUUAAAAGUAAAAGAGAAACCACUUCAAAUAUUAAAACCCCUUACAUCGAAUAAAGACAAGCCGUUAGAAGGUGAAGAUGUUGAACUAAGUUGCCAGUUUUCGAAAAAACCAAAACGAAUCGAAGUCUAUAAAGAUGGAAAGAAAUUACCGAAUGAUGUAGAAACUAAACUAGACGAUGAUAAUUUUACAUUUAAAAUUUACUUACCAAAAACAAAACCUACAGACAAAGGGAAAUAUACAGUGAAUGCCGAUGACGUUGAUACGUCCUAUACAUUGCGAUUAACACCGGAUCCAAUCCGAUUUAUUCAACCACUGAAAUUUGAUAAAGAGCCCGCAUACGAAGGUGAUAUGGUGACAGCAACAUUCACAUUAAACAGAGUGCCACCUAAAUUGCCUCAGUGGUUAAAAGCAAAUCGUGCACUACCAACUGCCAAUAGUGAUAAAUAUAAAUUUGAACAAGUUGACUGUUCAUUUACUAUGACUAUUCCAUCAGUUGAUCUCAAAGAUGCCGACACCUACACCGUAAAGCUUGAUGAUGGUUUAACACAAUCCGCUCGUCUCAAAGUCCAAGAAAUUCCUAUUAGUGUUCUCAUUCCACUUCAAGUUACACCAGAACUACCAUUAGUUGGUAACGAGUUCACUUUAUCCGUCACAUUAAAUCGUGAACCGAGUAAAAAACCAAAAUGGCUCAAAAAUGGUAAAGAUCUAUCGUUGAGAAAAGACGCUCGUUUUACAUUUAAACAGGAAAAGAAUCCAGAUAAUAAUGGUAUCACAUAUACAUUAACGAUUCGUUCAUCAACACCCGAUGACGAGGGAAUAUAUCGUUUUGAAAUAGAACCAAUCAGUGAAUCGCUUAAUGUGAAGUUAACUGAACAAAAAAUUUUGAUUGUACAAUGUGAUGAAGAUGUGAGUAGUACAAUUGGUUCAUCGAUAACGAUAUCGUGUACACUCAAUGUUCCACAAGGUCAUGUUACAUGGUUUCACGAUGGGAUAAAAAUUGCUUCCUCUGAAACACCUAUAAAAUCAACGGCAAACCGUUAUACUCUAACAAGUGAGGAUACCAAACGUACAUUAACAAUCAAAUCAGUCGAAAAAGAUGAUUUUGGUCCUUAUACUGUAAAAACAAAAGAUGACAAGCGUGAUUUGACAUUAACCGAAAAAACGAGUGAUGAUGAUAAAUUAAAAGUUUUAGAAUCUCCUCCAAAACUACUCGAUUUAGAUCAAAAUGAUGAGUUAAAUUUAUCAAUCGUUACGAAUCGUCCAUGUCCAAUUGAAUGGACAAAAGAUAAUCGCCCUCUCAACACAAUAGCAAAACAAAUUGAUGACAAACAUUAUCGUGUUACAUUUACUGUGCCAAAAGUCGACUUUGAUCAUGCAGGAAUCUAUAAAUGUGUUGUACUAGGCAAGAAUAAUAAACCAUUAUACGAAUAUCAAACAGAAGUAUUGGUUCACGAUCCAUAUGAGAGACAAAAACAGGAUUUAGAGUUUGAAGAACCAUUGAUAUUUGUCAGAAAAUUAGAAGAUCAAAAAGUUAAUGAAGAUACCGAUAUUGUUCUUGAGUGCGAACUGAAUCGACAACCAUCAUCGAUAAAAUGGUUCAAAGAUGGCAACGAAUUAGUAUCAAAUGAAAAAAUAGAAAUUGUCAAUGAAGAAAAAAUACUACAGAUGAAAAUUAGAAAAGUAUCAGUUGAUGAUGAAGCAGAAUACAGUGUUACUGCAGAUAAUUUGAAAGGUUAUGCAUUUGUCGGUGUGAUAACCUCACGAGUACGCUUUACUCAAACAUUGGCGGAUACAAUUGUACGUGUCAAAUCAAAAGUAAAACUCGAUUGCAAAUUAUCGAUACCUGAUACGCCUAUCACUUGGAAACGCGACGGUGUGACCAUUAAAUCUGACAACAUUAUUUAUCGUAUUCAAAUGGAUGGUCAGAAUCAUUCUCUUGAAAUUGAAUCAGCUGAAUUAGAUCAUAGUGGGAAAUAUUCAGCACAUUAUAAUGACGAUGUUGAGACAUCAUGUCAGUUAAGUGUACAAGAAGAACCGGUAUUCUCACGUGAACUACCACCAGAGUUAACGCUAAAAGUUGGUACAAAUUUACUGGUAGAUGUUGAAACAUAUCGACCUAAUAAAAAAGUACAAUGGUAUAAAAAUGGUGAAUUAUUAUCAUCCAUGACUGGACGUUUUCGUCGACUGGAUGACAAAUAUGGUCAUUCAUUAAAAAUAGCUAAAGUAACAGUGGAAGACGAUGAUAAUUGUUUACUGGAAUGUGUCUGUGAUAGUGUUCGUUCACAAUGCCGUGUAUAUGUACAAAAAGAACCGUUGGUGUUUAUUAAAGAACUAGAUGAUCUAAACUAUACACCCAAUGAAAAACUCGUGUUUACAGUUAAAAUGAAUAAGAAACCAUCAGAUGAAUCACAUUGGUUACAUAAUGAUCAAGUCAUUGUACCUGAUAAUCGUAUUAAAAUCACUUACGACGACAGUGAACAUGAAUCAAAAUUAAUUAUAUUUUCAUCUGAUGAAAGUGAUCAAGGAAAAUAUAUGUAUGAUGCUGUUGAAGCGCGUACAAGUUGUACAGCUAAUUUAAAAGUAACUAAAUUACAAUUUGUACAAGAUUUACGUAAUCGUACCGUCAAACAAGAUCAACCAUGUCAAUUUGAAUGUGAACUAAAUAAAAUACCAACAAAAAUCGAAUGGUUCAUCAAUGAUCAAUUAGUAACAAGUGAGAAUACCAACGGACGUAUAGAUAUUCCGAUAUCACCAGAUGGAAAAAAAUAUAUUUUAAAAAUAAAACAAGCAAUAUUAAAUGAUAAUGGAAAAGUAACAGUGAAAGUUGACGAUGAACUGGAAUCAACUGCAACGUUAGAAGUCAAACGUAUACCAACGGAAUUUAUCAAAGGACUCACAAAUGCGCGCGUUUCUGAAAAUGAAACUGCUGAGUUUUCAUGCGAAUUGAACAAAGCCAAUAUACCUGUCAAAUGGUUUUUAGAUGGUCAAUUAAUAGAAAAUUACGAUCAUUUUGAAAUUAAGCAAAACGGCGCAAAACAUUCGUUAACAGUUCGUAAUGCACAAUGGAAUGACGCUGGUGAAUAUAAAUGUAUUGCAGAUGGAGUAGUAACAAGUGCUACGUUAACUGUGAAAGCAAUUCCUGUCACAUUUACUUUACCAUUACAAGAAGAAGUGAAAAAUGAAGAUGAACAGGUAGAAUUUGUUUGUGAAACAUCUAAACCAUGUCGUGUUCAAUGGAAUCAUGGUGAUAAACGUUUAACACAAUCGAAUAAAUAUGAUAUUGAAACAGUUGAAAAUCGUCAUUAUUUACGUGUCUCAAAACUGAAACAACUCGAUAAAGGAUGGUAUAAAUGUAGCGUGCAAGAUGCAGUGACAGAAGCAAAAUUAAGCAUUAUCGAUAAAUCGGUUGAACUUGUUACACCAUUAGAAGAUUGUACGGUUACCGAGAAUGAAAGUUUGACGUUUUUUUGUGAACUAUCAAAGUCUGAUAUGGAUGUUGCAUGGUAUCAUAAUGAGCAACGUUUGUUUACAACGUCUCAUUCGCGUAUACGCUCAAGACAAUUAGAUAAUCGAUAUGAAUUAUUAAUUGAUGAUUGUGAGCCAGAUGAUCAAGGAUUAUACGAAAUGAGAUGUGAACAUAUUAAAACAUCGUGUCAUCUAACUGUAAAAAGAUUGACAACUACAUUUCUGGAACAAUUGAAAAAUAUACAAGCCACUGAAGAAGAUACGAUCAGAUUUCAAUGUCGUAUAUCAAAAUUGAGUUCAAAUGUUAAAUGGUACAAAGAUGGUGUUCGUCUGACACCAAGUGACCGUCUUGUAUAUUCUGUGAAAAAUGAUCUUUUAACAUUAAUCAUUCAUAAUGUACAGAUGGAAGAUGCUGGAAACUACAGAUGUAUGGUCGAUGAUGAACAUACCGAUGGAAGCCUUCUUGUUGAACCAUUGCCAAUACUUUUCACAAAAAUGUUACCAAAAACACGGAUAUUGUAUAAUGCAGAACCGUUGUCUUUGACUUGUCAGCUAUCAAAACCGAACGUCAAAGUAACAUGGUUUAAAGAUGGAAUACCGUUAAAAUCGGAUGAUCCUCGAGUGCAAGCAAAAUCAGAAGGAUUACGUUAUACAUUAUCAAUUCGAGGGCCAACCACAAUUGAGGAUGAAGGAUUAUAUACUAUAAAAAUUGAUAAUGACGAUAAAGAGAGUAGUUGUCAAGUAUCAGUUGAAGAUCUUGCAGAUGCUGAGAAGAAGAAGCCUCAUAUUAUACGUCCAUUACAGGAUCUUACAGUUCCUGAAGGUGGCUCAUUUAGUCUUGAAUGUGAAUUUGAAGGUGAUGAUGUCGAAGCAUCUUGGUAUUUGGAUGGCAUACAGUUAAAACAAAAUAUUUUCACAUCAAUUGAUUUGAAAAAUAACGUAGCCAAAUUAACGAUGAAAGAAGUGUAUUCGGAAGAUGGUGGAAUUUAUAAAUUACGUUUGCGUAAUCCAUAUGGUGAAGUAUCAACAUCCGCGACAGUUAACAUCAAGCUUCAUGAGAAAGAUGUACGAAAAAUGAGCACCGACGAUAUGCCUCCAAAAAUUUUGGAACCAAUUUCUGAUGUAUUUGUUCAUGAUGGUCAAAAUGCACAUUUUCGAGCUGUUAUUAGUGGACAACCAGUUCCGAAAGCGAAUGAUAAAUAUAAACUUAUACAAGAAAAGGAAGUCUAUGUAUUAGCCGUUUUGAAUGUUACGGAAAAUGAAGAAGGAGAAUACCUAUGUAAAGCAGAAAACACUGUUGGUGAAAAAUCAUGCUCAGCCAAUCUUCAUCUGAUCGAAUCAACAAGAAAACAAGAUAAAACAACUGCUGAUGAGUCUAAAAAAGGAAUCAAUGAUAUCGCACCAUCAUUUACAAGAAAAUUACGUAAUUGUACAGUAAUUGAAGGACAAAGAGCAAAAUUUGACUGUUUUGUUAAUGGCGAACCGUCGCCGACCAUUCGAUGGUUGAAAGAUGGUCUACCACUGGAUGUUGAACGUGAUAAAUACAAAUAUCAGGCUCAAUUACAAACAAAUGGUAAAGUGACACUAGUGAUAAAUGAUUGUACUCAAGACGAUGCUGGAAGUAUCACAAUUAUUGCCGAAAAUCGAGCUGGCUCUACCAAUUGUUCAGCUGAAUUGACUGUUGAACCUCAUGACGAUGCAGCGAGGUUAAAACGACGAGUCAGUUUUGAUGUACCAGAUCUAGUUGAUAAAAGAGAUCCAAAUAAACCCGGUAUCAUACCGCAACCACCGUCACAAUUGUUACUCACACCACAUUCCAAAUCAAGCCUACUACUAAGUUGGGAACAUUCACCAUCGUAUAGUCGACAGUCACCUCUGACAUAUAUAGUAGAAGUACGGGAUCCAAGAACAUAUUCUUGGACAUGUUACGCCCAGGGUUUACCUGACACUAGUAUUUACAUUCGUGGUUUAAAUUUAAAUCUCAUUUAUGCGUUUCGUGUUCGAGCAGAAAACGCCUAUGGUGUUAGUGAUCCAUCACCACCUGUUACAAGCCGAUUGUUAACAAAAUCCGAUGUACCACGUAUUGAAGAUGAAAUACCAGCGAAAAAGAGAAAACCAGAAACAUCAUAUGAUGAUAUUGGUGGUAGCCGACCAUCAAUACAGACAGAUGGUCCCGAUGUUCAAUAUUUUAUUGAAGGACAAAAAACUCGUAUUGCCAUUUUACUAUUAGGUUUUCCAAUACCCGAAGUAACAUGGUAUCACAAUGGAAAUAAAAUUGAACCCGACGAUCCACGCAUUCAACUUCACAAUGAUCGCCGUGGUUAUUGUUACAUGCAUAUCGAUUCAGCCAUAGCAUCUGAUGAAGGAGCAUAUGAAAUUGUUGCAGAAAAUAAACAUGGUUCAGCACGACAUACUGUACAUUUAUAUCUGGCUGAUCCACCGAUGUUCAUAGAACCACUAAAAGAUCAACGUGUUCGAACGCACGAUGUAUUACAUCUUGAAUGUAAAGUAGAUGGUAUACCUUAUCCCGAAGUGAGAUUUUAUAAAGACUGGCGUUUAUUAACGGAUUCACAUCGAACAAGAAUACGUCAUGUUGAACCCGACGUAUGGCACUUAACCAUAAAUGGUGUAAUUGAAAAAGAUACAGGAUUAUAUACAUGUACAGCUAAAAAUAUCGCUGGUGCCACUCUAACCUCUGCUAAUGUUUCCAUUGACGAUAACCUAUUAAAUAUUCCAAGACCUGAUUUGGAACGCCCAGCAAUAGCAUUUACAAAGAAACGUUUUGACGAAGAUUAUGAUAUAUUAGAAAGGAUUUCACAUGGACCAAUUUCAUCUGUAUAUCGCGUUAUUGAACGACGCACAGCCAAAGAAUAUGUAGCAAAAAUUGUUCAUAAUCCCACUUAUUUUGAUUGGUUAAGACGUGAAAUGGAUGUUUUGUCUAAGAUCUAUGAUUCCAACGUACCACGUUUACACGAUGCUUAUGAAAGUGAUAAAAUGCUUGCUCUUGUACUUGAUAAUGUAUCCGGUGUUGAUCUACUUGAACAUAUGCUUGAACGUAAAACUUAUACAGAACGUGAAACGGCAUUGAUCAUACGAAAUUUAGUUGAAAUUCUACGAAAUUUACAUUCCAGAAAUAUUGUACAUCUUGAUAUUAAACCUGAUAAUAUCUACAUCGACGAUUACUAUGAUCCGGUUAAUGUGCGACUACUCGGAUUUUCAAAUGCAAAACAUCUCAAAGGCUCGUCAAAUUUCUAUUCUGAUUACGGAUCAUCAGAAUACGUUGCACCAGAGAUUGUCACCCGUUCACCAGUAUCAUUACUAACAGAUAUGUGGAAUGUAGGUAUAUUGAGUUACUUAUUACUUGGAGGCUCAACACCGUUUGCUGGCACAAAUGAUUUUGAAACAAAUCGUAUGACAACUGAACAAGCAUUAAAUCAUCCUUGGUUGAAAUAUGCAUCUCAACAUGUUGAUACGACACCUCUUUCAUCUGAUCGUUUACAUGCUGCCUAUUCCAGACAACUAUAUGAUCGUGAACAUCGCCGAAUAUUAACUCGUCCAUUACAAACAAUAUCCGAUUUACAUCACACACGAUAUGAUCAUGAUGCUUAUACGUCGGAUCGUGAUCGUAUACAAGAUGAUAAACAUAUUAGAGCCGGACGAAAACGAACAUCACGUGAUAUGAGUGUGGAAGUUGAUGGUGAUCAUGAGCAUCAUCGUCGCGCACAAUCAGAGGACGAAGAAAACUUAGUACCAGGCAGUUAUCUAUUACCAAUGGCUGAUGUUGAUUUUUCUGUCCGUUUACGUGGUUACCGUCGUAUGACUUAUUUGAAUCGUUAUAAGUCAAAUGAUCUUUUACCAACUACCAGUUCCUUACAAAUGACACCAGAACGUCUACUGACGCGAGAUACAGUGAAAGAACGAUUGCAUGUUGAUGUUCAAGGACGACGUCAUCGUGGUUGUUCGCUAGUACCACACAGUGGAUGCUCAGUGUCACGAGAAUUAAGUGUACCAGCGGCACCAUCGUCACAACUACAACAAACGAUAUCAUCGUCCUCUUAUAAUAAUUUCUAUGGACCGUAUGGAAGAACCAGUGAAUCACCAGCACAUCAAUACGGAUUGUCAUCACGCUAUGGAAGUGUUUCAAGAUCGUCACCUUAUCGUGGUAUGAGUAUACCGAGAGAAUUUCAAGCACAAGGUUUCACACAAGAACAACGUUCAACUAAAGGAGAAGGAUUUGCGGCUGUAUUUAAAGAAAAACUAACUGAUUCAUCAUUUUUAAUUGGUGGCACAGUUAUUUUACGGUGUAAAGUGCAAGGAAAUCCAUUUCCCAAGAUAUUUUGGUAUCGUAAUGAUGAGUUUAUUAUUGAAGAUGAUAGAAUACAAUUUGCUCAAGGUGAAGAUGGUCUAUGUACAUUAACAAUAAACUACGCAAAAGCAUCCGAUAUUGGAAUAUAUCGAUGUGUAGCAAGAAAUGUCUAUGGAGAUGCGACAUGCAAAGCUCGAUUGUUAAUAGGAGAUGUACCUGAUCGUCCACAACGGCCAUUAGUUGUUGAUAUUUCAUCGAAUGAAGCAUAUUUAAUAUGGAGUGCACCAUCGUAUGAUGGUAAUAAUGAUAUAGCCGGUUAUCGUGUUGAUUACAAAGCUCGUGAAGAUAUUAAAUGGACAAUCUCUACAUUUACCAUUGAAGAAUCAGCCAUUAUUAAAGAUUUAAAAUCAAACACCAAUUAUCGUUUUCGUGUAUCGUGUAUUAAUAAAAUUGGUAUAUCAGCGUAUAGUUGGGGUUCAGAAGAAAUUAAAACGCUAGAAGAUGGUACAGAACCAUUGAAAAAAAUUGAUCGUCGUUCCGCCUAUCGUCUAUUGGAACAUCAACAUCGAAUUGAUCAAAAAUCAUUAAAAACUGUUAGCGAAUUUUUGCAACCAGAAUUGAGUAAACCCAAAACAUUAGGUGAAAAAACCGUAUUAAAACGUGAUCAAAAUCCAUGGGAUUUAUAUAAAAUGAUUGAAGAAUUAAAUAGUUAUGAUAAUUCAUGUUGUAUACGAUGUGCUGAACGAGCAACAGAAAGUGUACGAAUUGUAAAAGUUGUUGAUUUAACUAAUAUAGCUCAAUCACAUUCGAAUGCUUAUGUACCAGAAGAAUUUGAUUUAUUAAAUCAAAUUGAUCAUGAUCAUAUAAUUAAAAUGAUCGAUGGUUUUAUGUGGAAAAAUUCAUUUGUAUUAACAAUGGAUAAUUAUUUGGAAAUAUGUGAUUAUAUCUGUUUACGUCAUAAAUACACUGAAGAAUUAAUUGUGAGAAUAUUGAGACAAUUAUUGGAUGCUGUACAAUAUUUACAUUUUCAUGGUAUUGUUCAUUUAAACAUUAAUCCAUCAAGUGUUGUUAAUGAAAAUCAAUUAUCAUUAAAUGUAAAAUUGACCGAUUUUUCAUGUGCAACACAAUUAGCGACACCACAAGGACAUAAUGUCACAAAUUCAAUCAAUCCAAAUAAUGAAUACUCAGCACCAGAAAUAUUAAAUGAUGAAGCAACCGGUGUUCAAGCAGAUGUGUGGAGUAUUGGAGCACUUACGGCUACAUUACUGAGCGGUUUUUCGCCAUUUGCUGGUGUUUAUGAUGAUGAUACAAAUCAAAAUGUGACAUUUGUUCGAUGGAAUACAAACGAAUUUUAUGAUGAUGUGACACAAGAAGCCGUCAUUUUUGUUCAACAAUGUUUGAAAAAAUCACCAAAUAAUCGUUUAAUUAUUCCUGAAUGCUUAGAACAUAAAUGGUUGUCAUUGAACACAAUCUCUACAAAUCGACGAGAAAUGGCCAUAUUUUUGACAGAAAAAUUAAAUCGUUUUGUAAAUGAUUUUCGUCAACGUUGUCGUUCAAAAACGAAAAUACAACGAGAAACAAUAGAAGAAAUUUCAAAAAGAUAG